CCAGACACAGACAACAACAUACUACCACCCAAUCAGCGCUCUCGCUUGCUCCGCCGCGGAAAUGACCGACCAAUGAGCGAACAGAGUUCGUUCAGACCCUACCAAUCAGCUGUCUGUCUGGGUCUUCUGGGGAAACCAACAGCGAAUCAGUCGCUAGUCUGGGCUUCACGGAGUCACAGCUUGACCAAUCAGCGCUCUGUCUGGCUGCACCGAGGGGGCGACCGUCUGCCGAGGCCCAAUCAGCGGCUCAGUGCUGCCUGCCGGUGCCGGGGACUGGUGGUGAGGAGCCCGCUGCAGCGCGUCAGGACCGGACCGUGAACCCGGAGACGGUACACACCGAGCCGAAAGGAGACACAGGAUGGAGCGGAUGUCUGAGGAGGCGCUGAGGCUCAACCUGCUGAAGCGAGGUCUGGAGUCGCCCAGCGAGAGAGAGGAGGCGCUCGCCAAACGCCUGAAGAUGGAGGGCCACGAGGCCAUGGAGCGCCUCAAGAUGCUGGCCCUGCUCAAACGCAAAGACCUGGCCGACCUGGCGGCUCUGGACGUGGCGGGGCCCCUGGGGGACGGGAAGGGCCCCGGAGCCAGCUCCCUCCACCACCAGAGCCUCAUGGGGGCCGCGUACGAGGAGAAGAUGAAUGGUAGUCUGAGGCUGGGGGGCCACGGCGGCCAUGUUGGACCCAGUAAGAACGGGAAGGAGAACAUGAUGGACGAGCCGGUGGACAUGAGCGCCGGGAGGAGAUGUGAAACAGACCACGACAGACGGACUCCGUCUCCAGACGUCAUCAUCCUGUCAGACAACGAGGCGUCCAGUCCCAGGACGACACCUCGACCCGAGGAGCGCCUCCACCAGGCCAACCUGGACAUGUUCAAGGGGAAGACAGGCGAGGAGCGGCAGCAGAUGAUCAAAGCUCUGAGGGAGGAGCUGCGUCUGGAGGAGGCUCGUCUGGUUCUCCUCAAGAAGCUGCGACAGAGUCAGAUGCAGAAGGAGAACGUGGUGCAGAAGGUCCCGGUGGUCCAGAACGCGGCGUCCUCCGUGCAGCCCCCUCCCCUCCACAGCUCUGCUGGUCUGGGGAAGCUUCCUGUGAGGCCGGGCAUGCACAACCCAGAGCCCCAGAACCUCCGCAACGCACAGGGUCACACAGUCAUCAGGUCAGCAGCCAACGCCAACCUGCCGCCCAUGCUGAUGUCACAGCGAGUGAUCGCCCCAAACCCCGCCCAGCUGCAGGGCCAGAGGAUGUCCUCCAAACCCGGGAUGUCCCGCUCCAGUAUGGGCAACACCGUCAGCUACCAGCAGGCCAGCCAGCAGGUGGCAGCCUCUCAGCGCUCAGGCUCCAGUGCCAUGUACAUGAACCUGGCCCACAUGCAGGCAGCUGCAGCAGCAGGCGGGGUAGGCGGCGGACUGGGCGGAGCCUCAGCCGUCAGCCCGUCCAACAUGUCGGGCUCUGCAAGUGGAGGCGUGAGCUCGAUGGCCGACCAGGCGAGCAGCCAGGCAGCCGCCAAGCUGGCCCUGAGGAAGCAGCUGGAGAAGACCCUGCUGGAGAUCCCUCCACCCAAACCCCCCGCCCCCCUACUCCACUUCCUGCCCUCCGCCGCCAACAGCGAGUUCAUCUACAUGGUGGGCCUGGAGGAGGUGGUGCAGAGCGUGCUCGACAGUCAGGGUAAACUCAGAGGGACGCUGGCCCGCAUGGAGCCGUUCUUCUGCGCCCAAUGCAGAACCGACUUCACGCCCCACUGGAAGCAGGAGAAGAGUGGGCGGAUCCUCUGCGAGCAGUGCAUGACGUCCAAUCAGAAGAAGGCUCUGAAGGCGGAACACACCAACCGGCUGAAGAACGCCUUCGUCAAGGCUCUGCAGCAGGAGCAGGAGAUCGAGCAGAGGCUGCAGCAGCAGGCGGCCCUCUCCCCGAGCUCGGCCGCCACCGGCCCCAACGCCUCCAAGACUGACUCCAUGAUCCGACAUCAUGCCCUCCGCCAGUUUCUACCAGAAACGGUGCUACCGUUCCUUUUGUCUCGUCCCCAGGCCCCGCAGCCUCAGGCGUCCAUGCAGCGAGGUCUGUCUAACUCUGCGCGGGGCGUCCUGUCUAACUUCGCCCAGGCCUCCCAGCUGUCGGUGGCCAGCAGCCUGAUGGGGAUGACCAGCGCCAAGCACUGCGGCAGCGGAGGAAGCGGCAGCAGCAACAGAAUGCAGCACGACAGCCGCCGCCAGAUCUACAACAUCCCAGGUAACCAACAAACGGGAUGGUUAAAUAUCGCCUACCUGAACCCGGCGGCGGUCGGCGCCCAUAAGGGCUCCAGCUUAGCGGACCGGCAGAGAGAGUACCUGUUGGACAUGAUCCCGCCACGAUCCAUAUCGCAGUCCAUCACCGGACAGAAAUGAGCCCCGCCCACCUGCCCCUCCUGAAGCCCCACCCCCUGUUCUCUCCUCCUACCCCCAAACUGAAGCACUCCCAGAUCAAACACCCCUCCCCACCCCCCCCAUCGCAUGCAGUGCCUGUCCGUGUGCCUACCUGAACCAACCCACGAGACCCACCGAGUCGGACAAAGACACUAAACUGUCAGUGCAUCUCAAACGUUCUUAUUCUAGUAAAAAUCUUCUUCGUCAGCGUUGUUUAACGAUUAUAAUUCCCAUUAUUAUCGCUGUUGGUAGCACUAUUAUUAUUAUUAUUAUUAUUAUUAUUCUACCUGAAAGUACCAUUUCUGCUUCAGUUGUUUUUGAAUUUUUCUUUUUUUUUUCUUUUUGUGUUUGGUCCUUUUUUUUUUUUUCUUUUUUUUCCUGCCGUCUCUUGGUGGAGCGACGAGGAUCAUCGUACAGCCUCUAGGCCUCGGUCACUUAGGAUUUAUUUCUCCUGAUUAUAAGGCUCACACGUGACUAUUGCUAGUAACAGAAGAUCAACAGGGUGCAUUCUGGUUGCUAUGCAACAUAAAGUUUGAAGCUUUGUAAAAAGUGUUAGCUCGCUAACUUGAAGAGACAAAGUGGAAGAUGUUGACGACAGAAACGGACCGGGUAGUUACGGCUCUGCUCGCUCUUGAAAAGAGGACGGAGAGUCUUUCACUUGUUUCAUCUCGUGGUGGAAAGGGUCAAAAAGUUCACGAUCCAGAGGAGACCCCGCCUACAUCAGAGCGACCAACUAGAGAAUGACUGACAGACGGUGCAGAAGAAUCCUGUGUGAUCAUCCGGCAUCAUCUUCAUCGGUUUCUUCAUUUCAGCCUCUCUCCUGCUAGCAGCUGUUAGCGGGUGUUAGCGAUGGAUGUACGCGGGACAAUCUUUGAUAAUCAGGACAGAAACGUCCCCGACUGUUCGCUCAGACUCCGGCUCAGGGGAGCCGACGGGCCGGAGGACGAUCCAGUAUUCACAGAGGAAGAAAUGAGUGAAUUCUCCCUCCAUCUCAUCUCACCUCCUUCCCCCUAACUCCCCCCUUCCUCCCUCCCUCCCUUUGGUUCUACAGUAUGCACAGACUGAACCCUUUUGGCUCCUCUCGGCAUCACACGUUCUUGAGAAAGUGGAAAGAACUUCAAUCUGAAGGCGGAGACACAUUUUGUGCGUCCGAACCACAGAUUAUGUACCUAAAAAACCUGGAGAAUCCGGGUUUCCUUUUCUUGUUAUAUUUUAGAUUGUUUUCUGAUUGUCCCCCUCCUAUUUCCUCCUCCCGACUUUCUUUCUUUUAAUUUUCGGUUUGUUCAUUUCUUUGUGUUUUUUUGCGGCGUCUCCAGAUGAAUUUGGGGGGGGGCGUACCUAAGAGGUAUCAGCCCCCGGAGACGAUAAUAAUCAACAUAGCUAAAAACAGACACUAUUGAAAUAUCUGUAUGGAUUAUGUAUAGGUACCUAGCUUCAGAGGGAAAAAAAGGAUGUGGAGUAUAUCUUUUAUGAGAGAGAGACACGGAUCAAUCAUUGUGUGCACGCUCUGCACACGCGUCGCCUCACUCCAGAGGAGCACUUUGCAUAUUUCCAAUUGGAAAACUUUUUUUUUUUUUUUUUUUUUUUAAGAUCAAAAGAAUGUUACAGUAGAGAGCGGUCUGGGUCUGAAUGCUGGAGAUGUCCUGAAUGUUGUGGAUGAUGAAAGAUGUCAUUCUGAUUUCCUCUGCCGGUGUUGGUCUCUGUUAACGUUGGACCUCAGUCUCAGUUUGGACUCAUGUGGAUCAAAGCUGCUGCUGGUCUGAUCAGAUGUUCAGUCAGUGUUCAAUCCCUGAAAAAUCAGUCGGUGUAAGACAAGUUCCUCCCCUUCUCAAUGCAGGAGUCAGAGGUUUGAGGCCAAACAAAUCCAUCAUGAGAUCUGAGAUUACUGAAAUAGUGUUUCCACUGCAGGAGCUUUCUUUAGGGACUAGGAACCUUUAGAGGGAUCACUGUCCAAAUGUAGUGCCAGGGACAUUUUUAAAUUCUCGUAGGUUGGGUAAACACGGUAUCAUAGUACAAAUGUGGUGGUGGAAAGUUAUCACACACCUUAAGAGUUAUGAAUUCUGUGCUCACACCCAACGGUCCUAUCAUAACACAUAACGAUCCAAUCGUGCUCACACCCAACGGUCCUAUCAUAACACAUAACGAUCCAAUCGUGCUCACACCCAACGGUCUGAUCGUGCUCACACUGUUAAAUCAGGACGGAGCAUUGACAAGUGUCAAUAAGGUUUCCUUUGAGAACUCCCACAGACGGAAGCUGAAGUCAGAAACGAAGGAAGUUGAAGUUGCUCGUUUGUAUCUCAAAGGAGAGCCAUGUAUACUUGGCAUGCUUGCUGUUGCCACAGCUCGACAGACCCGGCUUCCUAAUUUCUCGGCAUGUCACCAUGGCGCUUUCGUGGCGCUGUUUCGCCAUUUUCAAGAGCAAUCAGGAAAAAAAAAGAGCCCUGCAGUUGGGAAUUCAGCUCUAUGCUCUGCUCUCACUUUGCGAGCGUGUGCAGUUGUACGACCAAACUUUCUGACAUGCCAGAAAUGCUCUCUCCGGUGCUCUCUCCCACCUUUAAACGGCACUUGAAACAACAUGUGAUAGGGGCUGAAAUUCAUUCCCUGUGACUCUAAAAUCACGUCAUAAACGGCCUCAUAUAGUGCAGUGUAAGUCCGUCCUAAAAGUCCCUGCUCGGGGGGAAAUACUUUAGCAGAGGGGCCUUAAACACUGAGCAUUACUGAUUAGUUAAAAAUCACCAAACACAGUCUUUGAACACAGUGGAAACAUGGAGAAUGACAACCGUGAGAAAGCAUUAGCCCGAAAGUGGGUUUUCUUUCUGUAAUUCUAACAACAAAAAAGGCCUGACUGUGGUGAGACAUUCAGGCAAAGGUUCAUUUUUGACAUGAGACCAACACUGUUGCGGAGCACUACAGGUCAGUGUUUGUUUGUUUUACCUUCAUCCUCAGUCUCUGUUCAGGUUGCUGGUUACUUCUCGUUACAGUUCAGUCACUCGCACACUUUGAAUCGUCUUUAAAUUUGACCUGUUCUUCUGAUCCCUGUUUAAAAACUCACAGACAGUGUUAUAAAGCUGGACCCUCAAACUAAACGUGGGCAAAGUUUCAGAUCAUGAGGUAAACGUGUGUUGGAGUAAUCCCAGGAUGAGUCUGCAGAGGGCGCUAAACUGCUCGUUCUGCAAAUCACACGAUAGUUCCCCGAUAUGAAACCAAGAAUUUCACCAGACGGCUUCAAGCGUCUACAUAAGCCAUUGAAACCUCUCACAUAGACUCAUUUAAAUUAUUUUCUGAAAUUGAAACUAAGGCACUUCUUAUGGACGACCGUUGAUUAGCCGCUCAGCUAACGAGCUUAGCUAGUUAACAAAGCAGCACUUCUGUAUUCACCGCACUUGUUUUCAUUGCUCAGUGUUGGUUGUCAUGGAGACCUUCUGUCUGCAGCUCUGAAACUCGAUCCUGUUGUUUUUCCGAAUCUGUGUGAGAGGCAAACAUUAGUUCUUUGUUCGAAGCUGAGCUAAUGCUAAUGCUGUUAGCGUCUUAAAGCUAGACAUGUUUUUGGACGAGGCUCCAUUGGAUAGAAGAUGGAUCUAAGUUCUCUGUCUGAUCUAUCUCCAUGUUAUCUCAUUGAUCCUGAUCAUGGACCGUGUAUAAGAGGACAACAUUGCUGACUCUUGUCGGAACUCAGCCUCGGGUUUGGCAUUUUGUUUUUACUGAGCCAGAAGUGAACAUCAUCGAAUGAGAGGCUGGAGCUGGUGAGAUUUUCAGGGUGUCUUUUUGUUCAACUAAACGCUGAAGACUUUUCUUAAGACACCAUGGUAACAACUUGUCGAUCACAAUAAGACCCGCCCUAAAUCCUGCCCUACUUUCUGGUUUUUCAGACUAUAAUUUGGACCAUAAUUUACAAAAGAUGAGCAUCACGCUGUAUCAAAGACGACUUGGAACUAAAGAUUGAGAGCAUAAACUUGUUGGAAAAAUGUUUUCCUGAGGGGAUAAAUCACCUGAGAAGACGUAGAGCCACGUUCUCAGCGGAGUCGCCCCCUGCUGGACACACUAAAAACUACAGGUUCAGGGCACUUCUGCACGGCUCCACUUUAGAAAUGUUCCCGUCUUAUACGCGGCCUCUGGUCCUAAGUUUGUUUCAUUCAGGAGUGUCUGAUUCUGAAGUCCAAACUACAACCUGAUGUCAUUUCCUGUGCUCAUCAUGCUACACUCUGUGUGCACACGUGUUUGUGUCUGUCACAUGAGCGCGUUCUGCUUCAACACAAUCACUCUGCAGAUAGAAACCCAGACCUGCCGUCACCGUCUUGAGAAUGAACCGAUAACUUGAAACUACCUAGGAUGAAAUCACAGAUGGUAAAAACAUUUUUCUAAUCUUGUAAAAAAAAUCCGUUUUCCCUCUUUUUGAAACGGUUUGAAUCGGAUGUAUGAAUAUAUUUUCAUGUUUUUAACGUCUGGGCGAAACAUUUUUCUGCCGGUCACGAUUUGUUUUCAGCAGUUUUUCCUCAUGCAUCUUCGUUGCAGCCAAGCUGAAAGUGAAAAUGAAGAACUCCUGUCUCUCUGAUCCUUCGCAGAUGCAUCCACACACCUUCGUAUUCGGACCGCAGAGUCUUCUCAAAUUUUAAAUUUUUUUUAGAUUUCAAAAGUCAUUCUUUUCUCCUCGAUUGAGUUCUUGUUUUCUUUCUAUCGCAGUUUAAAAAAAAAAAUAAACAAAUGUAUUGAUUAUGAAAUAAAUGACACGAUAUUUGCUAGGUUUGAAGUAAUAAUGACUUAUUGUACAUAAGCAUUUUUUUUCCUCCCUUGUACUGAAAAAAGAAAUUAAAUGGUUGUAUAUUGUGUAGAAAAGCAAACAAAAAGCCAUGAAUAUUGUGAAGCUUGUCAUUUCGUUUUGUGAUCACUGUGUAUUAUUGUGUAACAAAUGUGCAAAAUGUUUGGGAUUCUCUUUUUUUCUUUCUCUCUCUCUCUCUCUCUCUCUCUCCCUCCUCUGCUUCUCCAACGCUCCCUGGAUUAGUCGCCUCGCUGCAGGACGAGUUUGAAAGUUUGCAGGAACGUUUUUCACUGAUUCGGGGAAAGUGAGUCUGCAGCCUGUUAAACAUCGGAUCGUUUCCUUUGUUGUCUCUCUGAUGCUUGACAUCCGAGAGUCGUUUACUCAACUCGCUCUGGAUUUAAGCACUUUGAAUGUGGCGCUGUGAGGAUCCGCUUUUACCCGUCUGAUCCGGGUCAAAUCCCGGCGAUCUCUGUCCCCGCAGAUUCAGCCAGUCGUUGAACUUUAAACAUUUCAGACUUGUAAAGAUCUUCCACCAGAGAGUUUUAAAACCAACAUUUAAGAAGUCAAUAGUAACAGAUUAUUAAAUCCAAAUGUUGGGAAGAGGAUACGAGAGGAUGUGAAAAAUGUACUCGAGUUUAAGCUCUGAGUUUUUGAUUGAAACUCACCGGCAGCGCUGCUCUGUUGCGACCCGGCUGCCUCGUGCUUUAUGGCUGCAGCCCAAGACAAACCUCCCUCUUUGUAGGACAAAAAAGUUCAUCUUGUUCUUCAUCAGACUCAAACUUCAGACUAUAUCCCCAAAAGCAAAUCUACAAAUCCUGACGUCAAACUCAGAAUCCCGACUUUGAUUCUCAGGAUUCAGACUUUUAACGUCUGGAUGUUCGACAUUGAACUCAGAAAGCGUCUUAAACAUGUCACACGUUGCGUCGAUCCUCCUCCAUAAAAAUGAUUUGGAUUGGCUACAUGUUGAAUUACAUGAACAGUGUUGGUAUCAGAGUUUUUGACGCUCUAAGCCCGGUAUUCUGCGGGCAGCGCUCGAAGCCUGACGUGUCUGAGAAAUGUCAAACGGGGUUCAAUUGGAAGUCAUUUAAAAGUUUUUGAUGAGCCAUAAUUGAAGUGAAAUCUUCAAAUCACAAAAAGCUCUUUAACAGCUUCACUUUUGAAUUGGUGUCUAAAGAGUUAAAAGUCUUCUGUUGAGGUGCAGCGGCCAUGUUUGAACUCUCGCUCGGACGUAAUGAACCGACUCUGAAUCAGUGACGACUUCCUGCAGACGUCGCUCCUCUCUUUGGCUUUCUCUUCUAUCAGUUGUCGCUCAAACAGGGACACAACAACAUCGGUUUUUAUAAUCUGACCCGUAGAAGCGUUUCUUCUUCUUCUUUCUUUUUUUGCAUAAUGUAGACAAAAGUUAAACGACCUUCUGGGGAGGCAGAAACAGACAAUUUGAAUCGAAUGCAGAAGAAUUGAAGUCCAUUUUGUUUUGCUGACAUCAAUCCUGACCUUUUGCACAUACUUGAUAUUUAACGGUCUUCAAAAAAAAGUCAAAAGAAAAUAAUGCUGUUUGAAUACUGCCAGUUGAUUGACAAUUAUGCAUUGAUUGAAAAAAUAAGCUAAUUUUGGAGGAAAUAACUUUGUAAUAUUUAUCUCUUGCAAGCUAUGUUUAAUAAAGGUUGAAACAAU